AUGGAGCUGACGUGCUCGACGCCCGUGACGACGCUGAGCAACGGCUUGCGCGUCGCCUCGGCUGACAUGACGAUGCCCUCCACCUCGCUCGGUCUCUUCAUCGACACCGGCUCGCAGUACGACGCCGUGCCAGGCACCUCACACAUGCUGCAGCACAUGGCCUUCAAGACGUCGGAAAACUUUUCGCACCUCAAGGUUGUGCGUGCGGCGGAGCUGAUGGGCGCGCAGCUGAGCGCGGUGGCGGGGCGCGAGUCGAUGGUGUACCAGGUCGACACCCUCAAGGAGUCGGUGCCUGAGGCGGUCGAGCUGCUGGCCGACACG